AUGCGUCUCAGAUGGACGACCGGAGCCAGCCGAGGUCGACCGAUUGCUUUUCAGAUUAUUGAAGCUUCGACCAAUUAUGAACCUGAAUGGCAAAUUGUCGCAAACAAUAUUCCCGACAGGACAACUUUCGUAGAUAACGAGGAUAAAAGGAUGGUACAAGUGAGUGGUCUAAAUCCUGGUACUUCCUACAGAUUUCGGGUGAGAGCUGUAAAUGACUUUGGACUUGGAGACGCGAGUUGGCCAUCUGUUGUUUACCGCACUCCGUCAGCCCCACCCCAGAAGUCUCCGAGUCACGUUGGUGGAGGAGGAGGCAGCGUGGGUGUCUUGACUAUUACUUGGAAGCCUCUUGAUUCCGGAGAACAGGCUGUUCCUGUGGGCGUUGCAACUGAUGUUAUGUGUGAUGGUUACAAUGGAUCAGCUCUUGAGGUAACCUGGAUAAAAGUUCCAAACAUCCGGGAAGUUAUGAAAGGACAAGUUCUUGGCUAUCAGAUCAAUUAUUGGAUGGAUGGUGAAGAGGAUCCCCUAAUAAGAUUUAUACGCUAUCCAGGACAAGUGGAGAGCGGAUUGAUCAUCGGACUAUUUUCAGAUACAAAUUAUUGGACAAAUGUACAAGUGUACAACUCCGCAGGACUGGGCCCUCCAACUCCUAUCAAUUAUCCGACUGAAGUAUUUGUGCAUUCCCAUGGCCCAAACAGCGUCCGUGUAACAUGGAGAGGGAUUGUUACUACUCGAGUGGGUGAGAUGGCAUUGGCUGGCUAUAGAAUUCGGGUUUGUGGAAUUACAGAAAAUAUUUAUUGCAACAAUUAUUAUGACUUUGAUAGAGUCUCUGAAGGAAUUGUGGACAAUUUAGAAAAAGACAAAAUUUACAAAUUACGUGUUCUUGGCUACAGUGAAGGAGGAGAUGGUAAAAUGAGUGAAGUUGUCUACUUUACAUUAGGCGGCACUGUUCAGUUUGAUCCCAAAACAGCAGAAAUUCUGGCCCAUGCAAUUUGUUUGACCAUGUCAUCUGUCUUGUUAUAUCUUUCAACUCUUUUAAGUCUUUGUUGUUUAUGA